GAAGUUAAUAAAAUCCAUCUACUUAAGGAUACAUACAUCAUUAUUCCUUGAGAACAAAAUGUAACUAGGAUUCUUUCAUGCAUUUUUCAUACUUAAGUUCCAAAAAUAUUUAAAAUAUUGAGAUCCAAAAGCUAUUGUGAGUGAAUUAUUGAUGAUUUUUGAUAGUUAUUGCAAAGGAAAAACAAAAUUAGAAAAAUUGUUCGAACAGCAGCUGAAGCUGAUGGAGAUGAUUACUCAGAUGCACAUAUUUUCUCGAGUCCCAAUUACACCGACAAUUCCCGAAUCAGUUGAUGGUAUUACCAGUGGUAUUUCAGAAUUUAUUUAUGAUCCUGAUGCCAAUAUUACGUUUGAUACCUGGUUCAGACGUUAUGAAGACCUUUUCAAAGUUGACUUUGCUGACAGAGAUGAUUCGUGGAAGGUGCGUCUUCUUCUUCGGAAACCUGGUCCAUCCGAGCUAGAUAAGUAUUGCAACUUCAUACUACCGCAGAACCCACGCUACCGUUCCUUCGAUGCUACUAUUCAGUUCCUUAGCCAACUUUUUGGUGAUCAUCAUUCACUCUUCAGUACUCGAUAUCUCUGCUUAAAACUGGUCAUGAAUGAGUCCGAUGACUUCUUGACCCAAGUCGGCGUUGUUAACUGUGAGUGCGAACGGUUCAAGCUCAGAUCCCUCACUGAAGACCAAUUCAAGUCCCUAGUACUCAUAUGCAGUCUUCAGUCACACAAAUUCUCCGACAUCAGAAUUUGGUUGCUUAACCACCUUGAACAAGAUCCAACACUGACACUCAAUGCGAUCAUAGACGAGUACCAGCGCAUCAUCAAUCUGCAGCGCGACACCGCUUUGGUUCAAUCUGGGGGCCAGGGUGGUUCCGAAGUUCAUGCUGUUCAGCAGCAUAAAAAGCGCUGUUUCUGUCUCUAAUCACUCCAAACCGGCUCAGAAGAAGCCCCCUCGCCAUGUUGGCACUGUGGAGCCUGGCAUUAUGUGAAGUUCUGUCCAUUCAAACAGCAUGUGUGCGAUCGCUGUCAGAAAGUUGGUCACAAAAGCGGCUUUUGCAAAUCCAACCGAUCCAUUAACCGUCGAAAUGCACAGACGCAGCGUCGUUUUCACAAAAAGCCGAUUACCUCAUCAAGGAGUUUAGCAGCAGUCUUCCAUACUCAUGCCGCGACUCGACACAAAUUUCUGACCCUCUCAAUCAAUGGUCAGCCAGUUCGUUUGCAGUUGGACACUGCAUCAGAUAUCACCAUUUUGUCGAAAAAGACUUGGCGAACCUUGGGUCAACCUCCCAUCAAACCAUCCUCUCAGACAGCCGUCAGUGCCUGUGGGGGUCAUCUCCGCCUUCAUGGUGAACUCUAUUGCUGCAUUUCAUUCAGAGGUACAACCUUCAAUGGGACAUGCUACAUCACCAAUUCUCCGCUCAACCUUUUAGGUUUAGAUUGGUUCGAAGAACUUGGUCUCGCUGAUCUUCCUAUUAGCGCUAUCUGCAAUCAAGUCCAAACUACUGC